GCGGGUUCCAAACCGGUCGCAGGAAUUAGGCGUUCGUCCUUGUCUCGCCAGUGGCGUGGGCUGGCUGAAGCCGGUAGUUGAGGUGCUGAGGGCGGCUGUAGUGGGAGUGUUCGAGCAUCCACUUGGGUAAACCUCAUUCCCCGGUCCUUGUUCCCGGUGUCUGACCCGGCGUGGCAUUUCACGGUUUCUCCUAUCCGUCCCCCUCCCUAUCUAGUCCCCUCUCCUCGGCCACCUCUUGCUUUGGUCCUCUUCUUAGUCUUCUAAAGAACCAUUGCCCCGGAGCGGCCCAUGUGCGACCUCGGUGUAGUUGAAGGUGAAGCUUACUGUUUAAGAUGGCAGACCCAGAUGUUCUCACUGAAGUUCCAGCGGCAUUGAAGCGGCUAGCCAAGUAUGUCGUCCGGGGCUUUUAUGGCAUUGAGCAUGUGUUGGCCUUGGACAUCUUGAUCCGGAACCCCUGUGUAAAAGAAGAGGACAUGCUGGAGCUACUCAAGUUUGAUCGGAAGCAGCUUCGAUCCGUUUUGAAUAAUUUAAAGGGAGACAAGUUCAUCAAAUGCAGAAUGAGGGUAGAGACCGCUGCAGAUGGGAAGACCACCCGCCAUAACUACUACUUCAUCAAUUACCGCACUCUUGUUAAUGUAGUGAAAUAUAAACUGGACCACAUGAGAAGGAGGAUUGAAAUGGAUGAGAGAAGUAUCACCAAUCGGGCUUCCUUCAAAUGUCCUGUCUGCUGCAGCACAUUCACUGACCUAGAAGCUAAUCAACUGUUUGAUCCCAUGACAGGAACUUUCCGCUGCACCUUUUGCCAUACAGAGGUAGAAGAAGAUGAAUCAGCAAUGCCCAAAAAAGAUGUUCGCGCGCUUUUGGCAAGAUUUAAUGAACAAAUUGAGCCCAUUUAUGCAUUGCUUCGGGAGACAGAGGAUGUAAACUUGGCCUAUGAAAUACUUGAGCCAGAACCCACGGAAAUCCCAGCACUGAAGCAAAGCAAAGACCGAGCAGCAACUGCUGCUGGAGCUGCUGGCCUGGCAGGUGGGCACCACCGGGAGGCGUGGGCCAACAAAGGCCCCUCGUAUGAGGACUUGUAUACUCAGAAUGUUGUCAUUAGCAUGGAUGACCAAGAUGAUGUGCAUCGCCCCUCGCUGGAAGGGAAAGCUGCCAAACAGAGACCCGUUUGGUUGAGAGAGAGCACAGUCCCUGGGGCGUACAGUUCUGAAGAGAUGAAGGAAGGUGGCAUCGAUGUGGACACAUUUCAGGAGCGGGAGGAAGCCCGUGCGGGGCCUGAUGACAAUGAGGAGGUCAUGCGAGCUCUACUCAUUCAUGAGAAGAAGACUUCUUCGGCUACAGCUGGCUCUGUGGGAGCAGCUGCUCCGGUGACAGCUGCUAAUGGCAGUGACUCUGAGAGUGAGACCAGUGAGUCGGAUGAUGACUCUCCACCCCGGCCAGCAGCUGCGGCUCCUCAUCAUCGCCAUGAAGAUGAGGAAGACGAGGAGUUUGCAGAAGUAGCAGGUGACCCCAUUGUUAUGGUGGCUGGCUGUCCAUUCUCCUACAGUGAAGUUAGCCAGCGGCCGGAACUGGUAGCCCAGAUGACCCCAGAAGAGAAGGAAGCAUACAUAGCUAUGGGUCAGCGUAUGUUUGAGGAUCUCUUUGAGUGAGCUUUUCCUGCUGCUAGCCCAUUGCAGAGAGAAACUUCCCAUCAAGUGCUUAAGGGCCUUCCCGCCUGUUUAUGCAAAGCACCUGUUAAUCUAGUACAGAAGCAUAGUAGGAGAGAAAAUUUGAUUAUUAUUAUUUUUUUUAAUGUAAGAAACUUCCCAGAAAGUUAGGUAGGUUAUAAGUAUUCAGUUCCCUUUUAUUAUUAAAGUAUUAAUAUUUUUCUCUAUUUCUUUAUCUAAUUUUUUCCUUUCCUUUUUAAGACAUAUUUUUCUCACUCUGACUAAAAUGUUCCUGUCUACCUUCAGAACCGUACUAGGGAUAAGUGUUCCCUAGUAUUGUAGCUGCAUUGUGGUCAGGCGUUUGAGAUAAUUCCUUAUAUUCCUGUCAACCAAAGCAGCUUACCAAGAAGCAGAUCACUGCUUAGGGGAAUAUCCAAGCACUUCAUCUUCCUCAAAAUUGAGUGUGGGGCCAAUCUGUAAAAGGGUGCCUGAAUCUUAGGUUCAUGUGUAAACUAGAAUCCUCGUCGGUAGAACCGUUAAGGCUGGUGGAUUGUUUCCUUUUGGGACAUAGUUUAGGUGAUGUAAACAGAGCAGGUUAGGCCUACCCUCAUGGAGAAAUGCAAGAGGAACAUGCAGGAAGGGAAGGAGUCUGCGUCCAGGGCUGAAGGGUGGAGGGUUCUGGGAACUGUGCCUUAGAGCUGUCUCAGUGUGAUUUGGAAAUCUCAGAUGUAGAGCUGAGACUGGCCCCACUUCCCCCACUUGUUCUAUAGACCUGUACCAGUGCUCUGAAUUGAGGAGCCUUUCCAGUACUGAGCAGUAUAGAAGUGCAGAUUCCCCCGCUCUCGUCACUCUUCCAGAGGUCAUCAAAGCCUUUAUUUGUCUCUCCUUUGAGCCUCAUCAGACAUCGUACUUCAGUGCCUCUACUGUGUUGUUGAGCAUUGCAACCUCAAGGAACAUAGUCAUUAGCAUGGUGUUAUUCCUGAAGGCAGAACUUUAAAAAUAAAAGACUUUCAUAUAAGGUCUACAACAAUUAAACUUUUAUAGUAUUUUCCCUUGCUUUGUGACUUUUAGUUAUCAUUUUGUAGUAUAUGUGUGAAGCUAAGAACGUUUUAGAGAAUCUGAGCCUUGUAUAAAGUGAUGACAUAGUUACCUGGUUGUUGGAUGACUGAAUAUUAACAGUCUACUUACUACAGGGUAAAGCUGGUUAAUUUCUGGCUCUGACUUCAUGGCGCAUACCUACCAUGAGCACUCUUUCCAUUUAAAGAUGUUAGAGGCUCCUCACUGGCCAUCAUCUAAGAGCAAAGGUGCAAUUUGAUGCGAUUUAAAUUUUUGGCAAUGAAUUGCCUUAAAAAACCUUUUUUAUGUAUUUAUCUUAAAUACAUGAACUGUUCAACUUUAAAAUUUUGUUUUUUAAACCUUCAUAGUUGUAGAAAGAUGUUAAUUUGUAAAACAUUAAUUUUUAAACUAUAUGUUCUUUGUUUCGUUUUAUAUGAGAUUGUGUAAGUGUACAUUUCAGUAGUGGAAAAUGUAUUAAUAAAGGCACUCAUUAAAGCUGCAUUUGAAAUAGA